AUGUCUACCAUCCGCACCAUCGUCCGCAUCAAUGCCAACGGCCGCACCCUCGAGUUCGUUGAGCUGCAUCCGCAAGCUCCAGAGGCGCUGGGCUUCAAGGAGAUCAUACUACUAGCAUACACGUUCAAGGACAGAAGAUUUCUGGACGACGCCUGCACAGCAAAGCUCGUGCCUGGGCAGGUGCCAGGCGAGAAGAAGAUGCGCGUGAAUGCUUUGCCAGAGUUCAACAACGGCCUAGCUCUGGUAGGUGACGGCGAGGUGGCGUGCAUCCUCAAGCGAGAGUUUUACUUGAGUGGUCGUCCAAUGGCGGUGUUCAACGAGCUCGUCUCCUACGGCCUGGCUACCAACAGGUACAUGGCCUACCAAGCUCUUGAGAUGGACCUCCUCGACAAUUGCAUGAUGGCCAACGGCAUCGCCCUCUCCGCGCAUUCGAUUGCUCGAUCUAUCGACAAGCCGACGAUCCAUAUGCUAGCUACUGGCCUCGAGGCGCUGAUUGGUGCAGUGUUGGCCGAUACUCAAGGAAUGGCGGACAGUGCAGAUAUCGUUGCUUGGGUCAUGGCACAAUUCGGCAUCAGAUAUCCCAGAUCGCAGCUCGAGGAAACUCAGCUGCGUGGCAAGCUCAACGCACUGCGACAUAACAACACCCUCAUGCCUGUCGGUUCGUCACCAGAGAAAGGCUUCUUCUCCUCGGGAAACUGCUGA